AUGGCUUCAACCUCAUCGGCGGCAACAAUUCUUAUUCUUAUAAUGAUGCAUCUUUUAGUAUCAUCACAUCAGCGUGAAAUUGCGUCACUCUCAUUCAAUUAUGGUAUUGAACAAGUUAAAAGCCGAGUUAAACAAUGUAAAUGUCCAAAUAUUUCGGAGCGAAAUUUCCAAAGGCAAUACCUAGGAGGACUUGAAGGAUUGGUUUAUAAUUUAAUGAAUGAUCAUCCUACACUUGAUAAUACCUGUCCAAAACAAUCGAGCUGGAUAAAGAUUAGCUCCCAUUUGAAAUCAAUAUCUUCAUGUAAUUUGGCUGAUGUUUCUAAUGGAAGUCCUUGUUUAUUUGCAUUAGGAAUAGGCAGUAUUCAAAUUCAAGCUGCUUUUGCUGCAUGUCCUGCUGAAACAGAUGCUAACCGUGUUGGAUUUGGAAUUGCCAAACGUAUUCCAUAUUUUUCACUCCACUGUAAAGGAAAUGACUGUGACUUGAUAGGGUAUCCUUGUCAACGAGAUUCUGAUUGUGGUGGAAACGGUUUAACUUGUUGGGACCUUGCCAAUCGAGAAUAUACAAGAUAUGAUUCUUGGAAUAGAGUAUUUGUGAUGACAGGUCUUUAUAAUCAAUUCGAAACUUGUAAAUCUCCAGAGCAAUUGGUUGAAAGUUUGAUGAAAACAGUUAUGGUUAAUCAUUGGGGACAAACAAGUUCAAAGAAAUAUUCCUCAAUUAAGGUUUGCGGUCCUAAAAUUGAACCGAUUAUAAGUCUUGGAUCUAGCUCAAUUAGUGCUUCAUGUUCCAAUACCAGAUCUUUCACUCCUUCUGAAACUAUUGCAAACCUAACCCAAUUAUCUCAACAAGCUGAAUCUAAUAAUCCAAAGAAAAUUACAACAGUAACACCAUUGAGUGAAGAAAUUACCAACAAUGCAAGAUCAGCUCCAUUAACUUAUUAUUGUAAUGGCAUUUUGUCAAACUCUCCAAAUGUGUGUUCAGGGCGUGGUCGUUGUUUUCUUGAUUAUGGUGAAAUUGGUUACUGCUCUUGCAAUGAAGGUUUUACUGGUGCUUCGUGUUCAAAAGAAGUUAUAUGUAAUGGAUACAAAUCUACUGAUCGAAACGUUUGCAGUGGUCAUGGUUUAUGUACUAUUGUGAAUGGAGGAGCAGUUUGUGUUUGUAAAGCAAGUUACAGUGGCUCUAAUUGUGAAACCAGUUGUCCAAAUUGUCAACAUGGGUAUUGUGCUGUUGAUAAUGAUGGUGUAGGGUGGUGCCAAUGUUACUAUGGAUAUUAUGGAGCACUGUGUGAUAGCCAUUCUACUUGUAAUGGUGUUCCCGCAUUUAACUACACAGUUUGUUCAGGGCAUGGUGAUUGUAUGGGAAGUGGUGAAUGCAGUUGUAAUAUUUGGCACAAAGAUGAAGCUUACUAUGGUUCUAAUUGUGAAUUCACCUAUAACUGCACAAUGUGUAAAAAUGGUUGGUGCAGGGUUGCUAGUGACGGUAAAGGCUUUUGCUACUGCAGUUAUGGAUUUUCUGGACCAGUUUGUGAUGAACCUCACACUUGUUAUGGAAUUGCACAUAACAAUGCAUCUGUUUGUUCUGGACAUGGUGAUUGUUUUAGCUAUUACCUCGAAGAAUCUAUUAUUACUUUCUGUAGUUGUGAAUCUGGUUAUGUUGGUGAGUCAUGUUCUAUUCCAGUUGUUUGUGGUGCUUACAAUAGUACCGAUUCAAGAGUAUGCAGUGGACAUGGAAAAUGUAAAUCAGUUUCCAGAACAGAUACUCAUGGUUAUUGUGAUUGUGAUGAAGGUUUCAAUGGUAUUAAUUGCGAAAAUACAAUCACAUGCCCAAAAUGUCAACAUGGAAAAUGCACUUCUUUUGGUGUAAACGGUACGUGUUUAUGUGAUGUUGAAUUCACAGGAGAGUUAUGUGAUAAACCAGUUACUUGUAAUGGUUACCCAGCUUUUAACUACCUUGCAUGUGGGGGCCGUGGUGCUUGUAUAGCAAGCACAUCCAAUAUGGAAGAUGCAACAAUCAGUUCUACAGAAGGUGUUUGCAAAUGCUAUAGUGGUAAUAUUGGGGCAGAUUGUAAAAUUUCCACUCGUGGUGAUUGCACCUAUUCCAUUUCAACAAUUUCAUCUUGGAAUGGUAUUUUAAGUGAUGGUUCAAGUGCUAUUGAAAAUGCAAAGAAGACUGCUUCACUUUCGCUUCCAACUGACCCAUUAUUCUCAAAUAUUGAUUCUAGCAAGUAUUCUCUGCUUAUGAAAUAUGAUUGUAAUGGAGUUUUUCAAUUAGGUCCCUUAAUGACAGUUCACACACCAAAUAUCAAUGCAGGUUUAGCAACACUGGAAAGCGUAGUGAACUCGUUGUUUUCAUGUAGCUCUGGAUGGGGUGAUGAUUUGAGAAGAGUAUUGAUCCAACCUUACAAUGUCAAAGCAUGGAUGGCACUUUUCACACAAAAUUCAAAUUCAUUCUCAGCUGAUUCUUGGACUAUUUCUCCAAUGCAAAUAUUACUUAAAAUUGUACCAACUUCUUUGAACAUGAAAAUACCAUCAACUUGUACAUAUGAUAAUUAUGAAGCUAAAGGUUGUGGAGUUACAUAUACCAAUUUGAAUUCAUUAUUUGAUGGACAAGUCAAUAUCCAUUUCCAUACUUCAAGAUGUACUGCAAAUCCAGAAAGUUUACCAAACUUUUAUGUUUUCUGUGAAGGAACCACUCCAAGGAAGAAUGGUUCUGCCUCUAAUUCCGAUGCCGCUUCAUCUACUCAAGCUACUCCUACCAAGUCAUCUGGUAGCAAGUCUCCAACCAAGUCUCCUGGCAAAACAGGUGCCAGCAAGUCUCCUAGCAAACCUGCUAGCAUUCCGAAGACGAAGUCAAAAGCCGAUACUCUCGUACAUCACUCCUUCCCUUCCUACAAGCGUAGGUUUAGGGUCCUUCUGGCAGGUUUUCCUGAAGGGAGUAAUCAACAGCAGGUGCUUGAGCACUUUAACAUUGAUUUAAAUAGUGUUUAUGGUGUUCAAUUGACCUCGGAUGUCAAAAGUGUGGCAUUUGUCUACUUCAUCAGCCAUGAACUUGCUGUAAAGGCUGUUAGUGUCAAUCGGGAGGAUCUCAAAUCUGCUACUAUUUCUAAAUUGUUAUAUGUUGGUGGUAUUGUUGUAAAUAAUCUUUCCUUCAAUCCCAGAAAAAACAAACCUUCUCUUAUGACCAGAGUGAAAGAGCUUAUCCAAGAAACUGCCACCAAAGGUACUGCUGUUGACCUGAAGCACCUUGCCACCAAUUCAAGUCUCGAAAUGUUGGAGAAAAGAGUGAAAACUCUUGAAUCCUGCGUGAAGAGCUUAGAGGAAGAGAACUCCGCUUUGAAAUCUAAUUUGGAGAAAUUGGUGAACAAAGAAGAUUUUAAAAAUGAUAUGAAUCAAGUUAAUAUCAAAACCACCAAUGUUGGCAAGGAUCUUUCUGACUUCAAAUCCUUUAUGGAUGGGGAAUUGAAAAACAACGGCUCACGUAUGAAACAUCUUAAUGACUCAAUGACGGACAUUAAUGAAAAUAUUAACAAGCUUAAAGAAUCCAUCCAGUCUGCUGUAGAGAAAGUCAAGUCUGACUUUUCUAGUGAAAUCAAAUCCCUUCACAGUGAUCUCUCCUUAAAGAAAAAAGAUGUCGAAACUCUAUUAAAUAGUUUUAAAAUGGAUUUAAACAAACUCAAAAAGGACAGAUCAGACUCCGAAUUUUCAAUCAGCUCUCAAAUUCAGGCCCUUCAAAAGUCUAUAGAUGGAGUCAACUCUAACGAGGGAGGAAUAAAAACUGAUUAUGGUGUUGUCAACAUCAUUAAUUGGUACGGUGUGCAAAAGUAUAGUAGUGAAUUCCAGAACAUCUUAACUAAGCUCUCAGAGUAUUUACUGGAAGCUAUGUUUCACUCGGAACAUGUUAUUAUAAUGGGUGACCUUAAUAUCAACACCUUGUUUGGCUCGGAGAAGAGGAAAGCGAGCGCCUUCAAUGAAUGGUUACAAGUAUUUAACCUGAAUGAUCUUGUUCCAUGUCCGACUCGCCCCUCUUUUAAGUCUAGUAGAGGUAGCAAGAAGCCAUAUUCUACCAGACCAGAUCAUAUUGUUAGCUCCCUACUCUCCAGCCAACUGUGGGAUGUUGAAAUGUUUCUUCAACACAAAAUGGUCUGUGCUGAGUUUCAAUUAUUCGAUUUGGAGAGCACUGCUAAAUUUGAGGAGGUUUUCUAUAUGUCUAAAUUCAAUAACAAAGCGUUUACUGAGAAUCUAGACUGCAUCAAUUCAAAGAUUGCUUCCUUUUCAGGAAAAGAUCUUCAAUCCUUCUUAACUGAGCUGUGCUCUCAGUAUCAUUCGCCGAUUAGGAAAUCUCCUUUGAUUACUGAUAUUAAAGAAUAUAGAGAUUUAGAGCGUAUUCGGAGGGCUCUCCAAAAGGCUAAAUGGUCUAACCGACCGAAUAAGAUAGCCAAGGAAUUUAUGGCUACUGUUGGUGUAGAUAAUGCAACUGUAGCCUAUAAAGAUGUGGUGAAGAAACAACAGAACGUUAUCCUCAGUGCUCUUAAAGCUAGAAAAGAGGCCUUCAAAAAGGCAGUUAAUAACCUUAAAAGUAGUGUUCCUUAUAGAUACGCGUUUAAAUCGGAGCGUAACUCUAGCUCUGUGUUUAAAAUCUCUGAUCCAACUCAAGUCACGGAACACUUUGAAAAGAUGUUCAAUACUGCACUCGGAGACUCUAAUUUGGAUGAGAAAUUAAUCACAGGACACCCCAAACUUGCAGAAUUUAGGGUCCCACCUGCUAACCCAGGUUUGCUUGCGAAUGUGGUUAGCCGGAUGAAACACUCAAUGCCUGGUAGUGAUAAGGUGCCAAUGAUUGUUUUCAAAUCUAUGAAUGAAGAUGCUCUCCUUACAGUGUGUUCAAUCUUUAACAAAAUCCUUGUUGAUGGUAACCCCAUCCCUGAUUCUUGGAAAGCAGUUGAUAUUAGUCACGUGGAAAGGAUGGCAUCUGUCUGUAGGUUUGUCAAUUCUACCUCUCCUAUCACCCAAAAAAUCGCAAGAGCCAUGAUAAAUAAGGCGCUCAAGGGUGAAACUACAGAUUCACUGUGGAAAAAUACUGCCGCUACAAUGAAAGAUCUGAAAUAUUACUUCAAAUCCACAGAUAAUGGAUGGGUCUUGUGUAACCGUACCAAUCACAAGCCUGUCUCCAACCUUAGAAAUGCUAUCAUUGAAACUCAGCGAUCCAAGAAAAUUAUUAAUAAGUUGGGCCAAUUAGACAAUGACUAUAAUUGGCAUAAUUGCACUCUCUCCUUCUGGAGAAACUCUCUCUUGUCUUAUUAUCAGCAAAGACUCCUCUACUUUAAUCUCCACCACUCAAUUUUACUAGGUAACGACAGUAUUUGUGACAAAUGUAAUGUCAAGGAAGAUUGGACCCACGUAUUCCAAACUUGUCCCAAAUGCAAUCCUGAAAAGGAUGAACUGUAUGCCACAUGGGACGCUAUCUCCCAGAAAUUUAGCCUUAACAAGAUUCGUUUCCCUCCUGAUAUCUCAGAAUCCUCUCAACUUAGGAUAGAAUUUGAUGGUCGUUGCUCCCGUAAUGACUGGCUUAACUGGUCUAAGCGCAAAAGAAUACCUAAGAAUGUGGCCCUAGAAGUCUACAAAGCACUAGCUAUUUAUUUGGAAAAUUGCUACAAGAACUCAGUGUGGUACAACCGUCCCAAUGCAAGCUUCACUAUUAACAGGAAAUACCUCUCUGCCUACCACAGGCAAGCUCAGUCUAACCAACCACUUAGCAUCAACCCAUAA